AUGGCGACCACAGAUAUUCGUCUACGCACAGAGGACGACUUUGCCGCCCUGGUCGCAGCCCUGGAGGAUGUCUACAGUACAGAUGGCUACCCCGUUCAAGGCACCGCGGACGCCGCCGCCUUUUUCAACCCUGAUGGCCUCGUGGAAGCCUGGGUCGCAGUACACGAUGAGGUCGUGGUCGGACACGUCGCUAUCAUUGCGGCAGCAAAAGGAUAUCAACCUGCGGUCCGAGCACUGCUGGAUCUCCCAGGAAGCGGUGCAGACGUUAAACAGUGUGUCGUGGUUGCGCGGUUCUUCGUGCGAAAAUACGCCAGGGGUUUGGGUCUCGGCCGCACGCUGAUUGAGAGGACGUGCGAAUGGGCACGGGAGAAUAAGGUGAAAAUCGUAAUGAAUGUGUUAAGCAAGGAUAAAGCCGCCAUACAACUGUACGAGAAGGUUGAUUUCAGAAGGAUCGGCGAAGGGUCAUACAAGAACCCUGCGGGAAACUUAUUUCCGGAAAGCUUCUACGUUUAUGGCUGA